CAACCUGCCACGGUUCGAGUCUCCUGCUCGCGCUGACUCUCCCUUUGAGGCCUUACGAAGGACGACUUUAUCAAAGGCUGAGGAUCGGCAUCCUCGACUGUCUUUACCCCAGGAGAAGUUCGAACAGUCAUUGGAAUCCAUGAAACCCCGUGCCGAAACGCUGCCGACAGCACUUGAAACCGGUCCUGGACUCAUUCAACCAGAUCAACUCAAAGAUAUGCUUACGAACGUGCCCGAAAAUGAGUUCCUUUUGCUAGACAUCCGUGUAUCAACUCACUACGCGCGGUCGCGGAUUCGCGGUGCUUUGAAUCUUUGUAUACCGACGACUCUCUUGAAGCGAGCUACGUUCAACCUAGAGAAAUUACAGCAAACCCUCCAGACUGAAGAGGAUCAACAGAAGUUUGCGCAGUGGCCGAACGUCAAGUACCUCAUAGUGUACGAUGGCCACUCAUCAGAGAAGCGGGAUGCAGUAUCGGCUAUGAACAUGUUCAAAAAGUUUUCAAACGAGGGCUUUUCUGGAAGACCCUUUCUCCUACGAGGUGGUUUUGAUGCCUUUGCGACUGAGCAUCCUACAUUCGUCGAUCACCAGUCAGCGUCGCAACGGCCAGGUACCUCUGUUUCUCCGGAAGGCGGGCGACCGAGCUUUGCACCCGUGAUCGGCGGCGUAAUGCUUCCGUCCAACGCUAAUAACCCUAAUCCAUUCUUCAGUAAUAUUCGGCAAAACAUGGAUCUCGCGGACGGUGUCGGUCAGAUGGAUAUUUCAGUGCCAUCUAGUUUGGAUUCUAGCACACUCCCCCAUUGGCUUCAAGAUGUGACCAAGUCAUCAGAUCAUGGCAAGAAAGCUUCUGAACGGUUCCUGCAAAUCGAGCGCAGAGAACAAUCUCGCAUGAAGGAAGCCUACGCAUCCUUCAACACAUCUGCGACUCCAGGUCUUCACACCGGUAAAGUCUGCCUCUCUGGAGUGGAAAAGGGUGGCAAAAACCGUUACAAGGACAUUCUUCCCUUUGAACAUGCUCGUGUCCACUUGACCGGUCGACCCGAGGGCGUUUGCGAUUACAUCAAUGCAAGCCACGUUCAAGCCUCGCGAAGUUAUAAGCGUUAUAUUGCGUCACAAGGGCCCCUGCCAGCCACCUUCGACGACUUUUGGUCGGUUAUAUGGGAUCAAGAUGUUCGCGUCAUAGUCAUGUUAACGGCGGAGUCGGAAGGCGGUCAACUUAAGUGCCAUCCAUAUUGGCAGAAUAGGGAAUUCGGAUCCAUUAGGCUCAAGCCGUUAUCCGAAAAGAAGGUGUCGCUUGAUAUUGACAAGCAUCGGUCAACGCCUGGGGCUGCGUCAUCGACAAGCAACACGUCGGAGUAUGCGCGACGCCGUGCUAAUACUACCACUACGUUCGAAUCUGCCCAGAACGUACAGCCUUCUCAGCCCCAGCCUGAGACCCCUUACGUCAUCGUUAGGAAGUUCGCGCUGUCACAUUCCUCGCAUCCGUUCUCCCCUAUGCGUGAGGUCACUCAACUUCAUUACGCCUCAUGGCCCGAUUUCGGUGCGCCGGCCCAGCCAUCCCAUCUAUUAGCCCUUGUCGAACUGGCCAACGUGAUGCAACGCGCAGCGCUGCCUGUUAACGCGAACUCGAUCGCCGCAUCAGUUGCCACCGAGAAUCCGGCAGCCAUGGGCUGGUAUGAAGAGCCUGAAUCUAAUGCGAACGCUCGACCGAUGCUUGUGCAUUGCUCUGCUGGGUGUGGUCGAACUGGUACCUUCUGCACAGUCGACAGCGUAAUAGACAUGCUAAAGCGACAGCGUCUAGCAGCGAUGCAUCGGCCAGAUGCCGACGGAGACGUGAGCAUGACUGAGAGUUCUCCUGUUCGUCGAAGAAGUGCCGGCCCCAAUGGCCUUAAGCUCAGGCUAGAGGAAUCUAGACAUGGUGAAAUAGAAACUGGGUGGCUCGAGAAUGCGGACCUUGACUUAGUUGAGACAACCGUGGAAGAUUUCAGACGACAGCGGCUAAGCAUGGUCCAAAGCUUGCGGCAAUUUGUCCUCUGCUACGAGACCGUGGUGGAGUGGGUCUGGAGAAUCCAGGAGAGGAACAAUCGUUUGGCCGGUGGUAGGGGACGCCCGCGGAGCGAGAUUCUAGAGGUCCGGAGAUGAAGAGAACGGCGGAGCCCUCUCGCUUAAACACGAAUUAAAGGUCGACUUCAGUUUAUCGGGUAGGGAUGGUGAAUCUGGGGAGGGCUCAUGGAAAAGAACUGCAUAAAUUCGCAUUUGGCAUCGACACAGCAUUCUGACAUGGUCGGAAGGUUCAUAUCAUUGGCUAGACCGUCUAGCCAGGUAAGGCGGCAACGGUGUUAGUAAGGAAUCGGAGUUAUUAUAGGCGUUCUUGGCAUCACGGCAUGGCAUAUUCGAUUUUCGUUUUUGGAGCGAGACGAAAGCAUAGCACACAAUUGGAUUCGUAGAGUAAGGGAUACAUACGGUAAGGGGAGACACAAGGGGUUAACUUAUAAGAGUGCCUAAAAGCAGUAGCCACGUCGGCGGCAGGGAUUUUGUAUAUUAUCGGCGGUUUGGGAGAAGGGUGUUGGUGGAUGGGCGCUGCUACUAAAUAGUUGAUACCGUAAUUCGUAAUGGCGAGUACCGACUACAUACAUCGACUCGUUGAUACGAAGCAGAGAUGAACAGAUACACAAAUCGAUACUCUGCAUAUAAA